AUGUCAAUGGAAUCAUUUGAGCAAGAUGCUGCUGACGAUUCAACGAUAUUACCCGUGGAAAUACGUAAAGUACCAAAAAGUUUAGAAGAAAUUGUACGAAUAACAAAAUUUAGUAAAUCAGAAAUACGAUUACUUUAUAAAGGUUUUAAACAAGAAUGUCCAAAUGGUGCUGUCACUGAACGAGAAUUUCAAACAAUUUAUUCACAUUUUUUUCCUCAUGGCAAUUGUCAAAAUUAUACAAGUUUUUUAUUUCGUGUUUUAGAUAGACGGAAACGGAUGUAUUUUACAUUUGAAGAUUAUAUCCAAACGUUAUCAAUUUUGGUGCGUGGUAGUAUCAAGGAAAAACUUCAUUGGAUCUUUCGUUUCUAUGAUAUUUAUGAUGAUGGUAAAUUAACAAAACAAACACUUGAAACAAUUGUUCGUUCAUUAUAUGAUCUUCUUGGACCAAAUAUUUUUGUUCAUCAACCAGUUACUGACGAAACAAUUCAAAAACAUUCAACUAUUUUAUUUGAAAAACUUGAUCGUCAUCAUUCUGGAAGUAUUAAUUUAGAUGAUUUUAUGAAAUAUUGUUUACGUAAUGAACAAUUAGUAAAUGAAAUUGAAUUACUAUCAUCGACUGCUGUUUAA